CCAAUACUUUUUUUCCAAAAUAACGAUUAGUAUAUAUAGUUUAUUUGUUUGAACCCAACAAAAAUUUAGUCGUGAACCCAUUGACCUAUGGGUAUGCCGGCCAGUCCUAUUUGGGCUGCAAAAGCUCAGCCCACUCGGCCACUCCGAUGUGUAUUCAUAUAAUUUAAUAGGUUAAUAGGCCACCACCAGUUAUGUAGCCCAAGUAUUCAGUAUUUCAGCCGGAGGUGACCGCACCCUUUCGCAGUCUCGCUCCUCUCCAGUUUUCGCUUCAACUUCUUGGUUCCGGUUCAUCGUCGACCGCCGCUUUUUUUCUUCCUUCCGCCGCCGACUGUUGCCACUUGCCAGUACCAUCUAGCUGCUUCUGAUUUCCUAAAAUCAGGUGUGAUCCCUCUGUUUAAUUGUUUAAAUCACCUUAUCUAAUCAGCUCUCGUAGACUCAUUCUAAAUUAGGGCUUUAAGUUUGAAAUUGGUCUGAGUUUGAUACUCUGAUUUUUUCCAUGUAAACCUUGAAUAAUCUAGGGCAUCUCAUGGAACGUUAUUUUCAGAAAAGAAAUAGAUCAUCAGAUUUAGAUGAUAAUACAACAGAUACUUCAAGAUCGGUCCUUAGAUUGAAGCAAACAAAUGUUGCUGCUAGCGUUCCAAAGUCUUCUGCCCAAUCUCAAAGAGAAAUUGAUUUAGAUGAAUUGCCUUAUGACCCAGCUGAUCGGAAGAGAAUUACAGAGUACACUAAAAAUCCUAAGAAGCAAGAUGAGAUUAGGAGAAGAUAUUUAACUAGAGGGCCUUACAGACCACCACCUAAUUUUGAGUAUCCAUAUAGAGACAUUGGAAGUGACCGUCGAAGAUUUAAUCCAGAAUGGUUUAAAGAAUAUGGUGGUUGGCUUGAAUAUAGUGACAAGGUUCAUAAGGCCUUUUGUUUAUGCUGCUACCUUUUUAGAGAUUGUAAUGAGGGACAAGCUGGGAAUGAUGCAUUUGCAAUUAAUGGUUGGAAUGGUUGGAACAAGAAAUGCAGAUUAGAUACUCAUGUGGGCAAGGGUAAUGCUAGCAGUUUUCAUAAUGUUGCGGUAAAAAGAUGUGAUGCUUUGAUGAAUCAAAAUCAGUCAAUUGAGGUUGCUUUUGAUAGACAAACUGAUCUUACAAAAAAGAAGAAUAGAAUCCGACUUAAUACUUCAAUCAAUUCAGUUAGAUACUUGCUUCAUCAAGGCUUAGCUUUUCGAGGUCAUGAUGAAUCAAAAGAGUCAAAAAAUAAGGGAAACUUUCGAGAGCUGGUGAAUACUUUGGCUGAUCAAAAUGAUGCUAUACGUGAAUCUAUUAGGAAUGCUCCUGAAAAUUGUCAAUGGAUUUGUGGAGAUAUUCAAAAGGAAAUCACCAGUUAUUUUGCAAAGAUAACUUUAAAUUCUAUUAUUAAGGAAAUUGGAGGCGAUGUGUUUAGUUUAUUAAUUGAUGAGGCUGCAGAUGUGUCUGAUAAAGAGCAAAUGGCAAUUGUGUUAAGAUAUCUCAACAAACAAGGGCUUAUCAUUGAAAGUUUAGUUGGAGUUGUACAUGUGAAAGAAACAUCAGCAAUAUGUCUCAUGGAAGCUCUUCAAAAAUUAUUCACUGAUAUUGGGUUAAGCAUAAAACAAGUCAGGGGUCAAUGUUAUGAUGGGGCAAGCAACAUGCGUGGUGAGUUUAAUGGCUUGAAAGCUAAGAUUUUGCAAGCAAAUAAGUCAGCAUAUUAUGUGCAUUGUUUUGCUCACCAGCUCCAGUUGGUUAUUGUGGCAGUAGCAAAGAAGCAUGGAGAUGUUGCAGAUUUUUUUUAUAUGAUCUCUAUUUUAUUCAAUGUGGUUGGAGGUUCUUGCAAAAGAAAAGAUAUGAUCAGAGAGAAACAUCGUGAUGAUGUAACAAAGGCCAUUGGAAGUGGACAACUUAGCACUGGCAAAGGGUUAAAUCAAGAUCAAACUCUUCAGAGAGCUGGUGACACACGCUGGGGUUCACACUAUAGAACCCUCUCAAGUAUAGUGAAAUUGUUCCCAUCUAUUAUUUCUGUUCUAAAAUAUGUUGAGAAAGAGGGGAAAAGUGAUAAGAAAUCUCAAGCACGUGGUCUUAUAGCAUAUUUUGAGACAUUUGAUUUUGUGUUUUAUUUGCACAUGAUGCUCCAUAUAUUGGGAAGUGCAAAUACUUUGUCACAAUCAUUACAAAGGAAGGAUCAAGAUAUCCUCAAUGCGAUGUCAUGUGUGAGGGGAACAAGAAAUGAGCUGCAAAACCUAAGAGAGAAUGGAUGGAACUCACUCAUGGAGAAGGUACAUUUAUUCUGCGAUGAACAUCACAUUGAAAGGGAAAACAUGCAUGACGAAUAUGUCAAUAGGCAUGCACCACGAAAGAAAUCCAAUAAGACAAACUUGCAGCAUUACCAAAUAGAAGUUCUUAAUUAUGUUAUUGAUUGGCAACUUCAAGAGUUCGAUGACCGUUUUAGUGAGGUAAAUUCUGCAUUGUUGGGUCACAUGGCUGCUUUUAACCCAAAGAACUCAUUUCUCGCAUUUGACAGAGAAACCUUAGUAAGGCUUGCUGAGUUUUAUCCAGAUGAUUUUGAUUCAAAUAAAUUGGAUGAUCUAAGCCUUGAACUUGUUAUAUACAUUGACAAUGUGAGAGCAGAUAGAAGGUUUGACAAUUUGGAUGGGAUUGUUGAUCUAGCUAAAUUAAUGGUGCAAACAAAUAAGCAUAUUACUUUUUCAUUGGUCUAUCAACUUCUAAAGCUAGUACUAAUAUUGCCGGUUGCCACAGCAUCAGUGGAAAGGUGUUUUUCAGCUAUGAAUGUUGUAAAGAAAAAGUUGAGAAACAAGAUGGGUGAUCAGUUCAUGAGUGAUUGCCUAAUAUGCUAUGUGGAGAAAGAUAUGUUUUCAACCAUUAGUAAUGAUGAGGUGAUUGAUCUUUUUAAGAAGAUGAAAUUUCGAAGUGGGAAGCUUUAACAUGAAUGAGGAAACUACAUAUACAUUGCACAACAUCAAAGCGCUUUUUUGAAACAUGCAAACAUAUGAUUGCAGGAUUCUAUUCAGUUGCUCCGCCCCUGGGGCCACGGAGCUGGCCUUGGCGCUGCUGGCGGAGCUGUGCGCGUGCGCGGACGGGCGCGCGGCCGUGGCGGCGCACCCGGCGGGCGUGGCCGUGGUGGCGCGGCGGCUGCUUCGCGUGUCCGCGGCCGCCGACGCGUGCGCCGUGCGCGUGCUGGCGGCCGUCGGCGGCCGGGCCGCGUCCCCCGAGGUGCUGCGCGAGAUGGCGCGCGUAGGCGCCGUCGGGAAGCUCUGCUGCGUGCUGCAGGCGGACUGCGACGCCGCCGUCAAGGACGCGGCCCGCGCCGUGCUCAGGCUGCACCACGGCGUGUGGAGCGGGUCGCCCUGCGUCAGCGCGUACCUGCUCUCCAGGUACCUCUAGUCGUUGCCGCCAGUAAGGGCACGCCAUGCAUGCAUGCUGCGAGGCAGCGACUUCCUGUCGGCAUUGCAGACCGACGACAUGGUUAAGUCUUCUCUACUAGUAACUAGCUCAUUUAGUUUUCUUGUUCGUCGAUCGGUCAAGAUUAUGCUGCCAGCAAAUAAUGGUAGUCAACCCAUCUAUCACCAGCAAAUGUAUGUAGAGGAAUUUAAUGUUAUUUUCCUUAUAUAUCUUUAUUAGACGAGGCUUUUCCUUUCU